UUUUUCAGUAAUUUUCUUGUGUUUUCUGCGUCGCAUCGCAUUGUUGCCUAUUCUGCGGACUAUUAAACUGCUUCACAUCAUCGUUGCGUGUUAGCGAAUUGUUUAGUUGCACCGCAACUGUGGUUUCCUGCUGUUUUUUCCUGAUCGGCUUAGCAGUGUUGUGCUGUGAUUACGCGUGAUUUCGCGAUGGCGGCUAUUUGCUUCUCGUGUGCUGAACCGCUAAAGGCCACCGGCUGCAUCAUCAGUUGUGCAUAUUGUGACGCUACGUUCCACCGCGGCUGUUGCAAAUUGCCCCCCGAGCUGAUUGACGCAGUAUUGUCCAAUGUCGACCUGCACUGGAGAUGCAUUGGCUGCACUAACAUGCUUAAAAAUCCGCGCUGCCGUUCGGUAAAAGAAAUAGGCGCCCAGGUCGGUUUCCAAGCCGCCCUCACCUCAGCUGUAGCAGCUAUCGGCAAGCUCGUUGAGUCUAUUGUCGCCGAAGUUCGCAGUGGUUUUACCCUCCUUCAAACUGCAUCCACGCCUCACAUUCGGAAUCCUGAUCCUCGACCGGCUACUGGUAGAAAGCGGAGGCGCGUAAUCGAGGAUUCGGCAUCUCCUGGUGUAAACAAAAUUGUAAACAGUCGCGGCAACAUCCUUUGUGCCGCGUCAUCGCCAAACGCAUACACCAACACCACGAUUGCCGUCCAGCCGGCACCUACACAACCGCAUGAACUGGUGGGAACCGAUCCGUUAUCAUCACCGCUUCAAGCUGCACCUCGUGAGCCAUUCACAGAUAGGAUCUGGAUCCGCCUAUCCUGCUUAUCAACGGCCGUCACUGUGGAACAAGUGGUCGCUUCUGUAAAGCGUCGCUUAGCCACCAAUGACGUUGAGAGGCGAAAGAACUCCGCAGGAGCCAAAGCCUCUCUAAACCAUACUAACAACAACACCAAUGACGUUAUAGCGUAUUGCCUGCUGAGAAGAGGGGUUAGUGUGGACAGCAUGAAUUGGCUUUCAUUCAAAGUGAGAGUCCCGGCUAUCCUUCGAGAUGCGGCACUCACACCAUCCACUUGGCCCGUCGGUAUCGGUGUACGUGAGUUUUUUCCAUCCCGUCAACACGACCACCAAACCUCAUCUCCUAUAGCCACCCGAAACCGCUUUACAACACGCACACCAGCUACUAGUACUGAUCACCGCUACACCUCACGCACACCAACGACUCACCGUUUAGCAGCACGCACGUCUACUCCACCUGGUCCUGAAACAACAUCAUCAAAACAGUGUCACCCCCCGGUGAAUGAUACCCUGGAAGCACCAAACUCAACACUUGUUUCUGGACCGCCCCAAAACCACCGCGCUUCAUCUCCGCACCUGCACCAGUCUACAAUCGAUCGCUUUUUUCUCAACUAGACGAAGUUCCGCUCAUUGCACGCAACAAACACGCCAAGCCUCAUGCUCUGACAACGCAGCUCAAUUGACUUACCGUAUACCCGCUUUAUCCAACCGCCACAAUGACAACGC